GCUGAGACUUUGGAACCACGUCCAUGAUUUUUCUCUCGGUCGUUUUUUCUAAAUAGAGCACACCUAUCUCUAUUUGCAGCGCACCAACGUCAACCGAGCUAAAAAAAUGUCGAUGUUUAUGAAGGGGAAGAAGUACGGACUCAUAAUGCCCAGCGGGAAGAAGGCUGCUGCUGUUAAACCCGUUGCGAAGCUAUCAGCGUUUGGAGACAGCUCCAGUGACGAGGCAUACGAUGGCAAAAAGCAAGUCAAUGCCUCAUUGAAGAGAGAACACGCAAAGAGUAAAAAACAGAUGGAAGAGGCAGCGUCUCAGGCACUGGCAGAAGAUCCGUCCAUCUUUGAGUACGACAGUCUGUAUGAUCAGAUGGUGGAGGAGAAGAAGAAGAAAGUCCAGAACCUCUCCAGUGAAAGAAAACCAAAGUACAUCCACACUCUGAAGAAGGCGGCAGAGCGGAGGAAACUGGAGGGAGAGCUGGUCUACGAACACCUGGCACAGAAGGAUAUCGAAAAAGACGCGGAGGAAUUCCGAGACAAGGAGAGUUUCGUGACCUCGGCCUACAAGAAGAAGCUGGAGGAGAGGAGGCAACUGGAAGAGGAGUUGGCCAGGGAGGCUGCCUUGGAAGAGGCUAACGAUGUGACAAAGCAGAAAGAUCUGAGUAGAUUCCAGAAGCACUUGUUCAACCAAAUAGCAUCUUCUGGAGCACCAGGGGAGAGUCAUGUCAAACAGCCACAGUCGACAGAGAGCAGAGAAAAAGAGCAAGAAGACAGAGGAUCUGGUGGCUCGAAUCAGAAUGAGAGAGAGGCAAGAGAAGGAAAAGAUGAAAGGAGGGAGAAGAGACGAAGUUCAGAGACUCAGAGGAGGGAAAGUGGCGGGAAGGAGAGGAGACACUCUUCAGAGGGAGGCAGGGAGAGGAGGGACAGCGACAGAAAGAGCAGAGGGGAGAAGGAGAGGAGGGACAGCAGGGGGGAGGAGAGGGAGAGAAGGAACAGUGAGCGAGACAGAAGAAGCAGGGAGAGAGGCUACAGAGACUAUGGUGAGAGGUCUAGUCACAGAGAAAGAAGGGAAAGCCAAGAACAAGAAAAAAUCCAAGAAAAGGAUGGUCCUACUGAUGAUAAAGAAAUGGACACAGACGCUAAUAAAACUGAGGAAGGUUCUGUGCCUCCGAAGAAGAGGAUAAGGAUUCGUGCUGGCGUCGAAGUCGAGGAGGAAGACGUGACACCGGUGGAGAGGAGAAAGCUGGCAGCUGCCAAGAAAGCCACCGAGGAGACGAUGAUGUCCGCCAAAGAGAGAUACCUUGCCCGAAAGAGAGCUAAAUCCGAGGCUGAGACUAGGAAACACUCAACCUCUGAUGAUUAA